AUGGCCUUUCUCUCCUCGCCGCUCUUCGCCGCAAAGGCGAGCCUCGCCGCGCGAGUCCACACGCUGGGCUGUCCGGCCACUGUCGCCUCCCCGCUGUGUGCUCGCUCUUUCACUUCUCCGCUCUCGGCUGUCCUUCUUCCCGUCUCGCCGCGUCGCCACUUCUCUGUCUACAGCCACAACAUCCGCCCAGACAAGCACGAGUUGCCUGCCUCAGAGGUUCCCCUCUUCUACAACCGUUUUGAUCAGGCAGAUCACCCGUCACUGUGGCAGCUGGAGGAACAGCAACAGCAAAAACACCUCGACAAGGAAGUCACCGAUGUGUCGGAACUCGUCGAGCCCGUCAGCAGCCCCCACCAGACUGAGGGUUGGUUCAAACGCGUCAGGUACUGGCACUACAAGGAGACCGCGGAGCCAACUUUCCCUCGAACUCCCGAUCUCUCGAAAGGAGAACUGGCGGCCGGUGCGACUGUCACGCGCACGAGUGUGUGGCACGACCCGAACGAGCCGGCGAUCGUUUCCAUCUCUCGCUUCACUCCCGACAACUUCCGAGCCGUCGGUUUCGCGGAAAACAUUCCCAAUCCGGACUCCACCAACAGCGACGCUCAUCCCGACUUCCGCGAGUAUCGCCUCGGGCCUGGCAGCGUCGACCGUCGACCUUUUGUCUACUUCAUGUCGGCUUCGUAUUUCUUCAUCACGGCGUCCAUGAUGCGUUCUUUUCUCUGCAAAUGGGUCCACUAUUGGUGGGUGUCGAGGGACAUGCUUGCUGCUGGAACGACAGAAGUUGACCUGCGACCGAUUCAAGAGGGUAUGACGGCAGUCUUCAAGUGGCGUGGCAAGCCCGUUUUUGUGCGUCAUCGUACAGCUGAGGACAUCGCCAAGGCUCAGGCGGACGACGCAUUGAUUGGAACAAUGAAGGACCCUCAGUUAGAUAGCGAGCGCUGCCCUCGGCCCCAAUGGCUCAUUAAUAUCGGUGUAUGUACACACCUCGGGUGUAUCCCCACCGAUGGCGGCAACUACGGCGGCUGGUUCUGCCCGUGCCAUGGCUCGCACUAUGAUACGUCAGGUCGGAUCCGCCUUGGCCCCGCCCCCGCCAACCUCGAACUACCACCGACAGUUUUCCUCGAUGACCAUACCGUCAAACUGGGCUAA